UGGUGUUGCUUCAAAAAUCAGUUUUGGCCAAUGAUCUGCGACUUGGUUAUUACCUCCUCGACGCCAUGUACUGCGGUGACGAUGUGGAAGCUGUUGUGGGGGACGUCGGCACAGGGCUGAGCAAGUUCGGUCUGGCAGGGGAAGAUACGCCACAGCUGGUGCUUCCCAGCGUGAUCGGUCGCCGUCCGCCGCUCCCCAAGGACGCCAAGGACGCGUCUGAAGCCUCCGCCGUGCUAGGAGACCUGUGGCACCGACAUGAUCUAGAGGUUGUGCGGCCUAUUGAGGCUUGUGCUGUGGCCAACUGGGACGCACUGGAGAAAGUUUGGAGUUAUGCAUUUGAUCUCCUCCACGUGGACGCCAAGAGCCAUCCAGUUAUCACUUCAGCGGCCUCGUGUUUCGCCAAUGACGCUCUGCACAACGCGGCAUCACGAGACGGCGAGAAGUACCUGGAGAUGAUGUUCGAGACCUUCCAGGUCCCAGCCUUCUAUAUGGCAAAGGACGCAGUUCUGGAUGCCUUCGCCUUCGGGCGAUCCCUGGCUUUAGUGGCAGAAAUUGGCGCUGGGGCUUCUCGCGUCGUGCCUGUAUACGACGGAUACGCACUGGAACGACCAGCGCAGUAUUCGCCAGUUGGAUGCAAUCAGUUGUCAGAGUAUUUGGAGCACUUAGUAGCCACGCAGAAACCAGAACCAUUCACAGUUAGACCGCGAGGGACUUUUACCAGGAAGCUGAACCCGAAGACGGGAGUACUGGAGACCGUCCCAUUGUCCGACGAACGCACGACUGCACCGGCGAUGCCGAGCAGCUAUCUCAGAUUCUCAAGAGCAGAUUUGUUUAGAGAUAUGCGGGAGACUACGUGUAUUAUGUCGGAAACACCACUCGAGGAGGAGCACAGAGACUCGUCUGGACAAGCUUCGUCGCCGGAAUCCGAGCCGUUGGAGAUUGCAGAGCAACAAUAUGAACUGCCGGACGGACAGACCGUUGUACUGGGAAAAGAGCGUUAUGAAGUUCCCGAGUUUUUGCUGCACCCGAAGAACUUUGGUGGUGCGGUGGUCAAGAACGAACAGCACGCUGCGGCGGCGGCAAAGGUUGUAGCAAAGGGUUUGCAUACCAUGCUGUACGAUGCGGUGCAACUCUGUGACGCUGACCUGCGAAGAGAUAUGCUGACCAAUAUUAUCCUAUGUGGAGGAGGAAGUCUCACUCCUGGCAUCACCGAGCGUCUGCACUCGGAACUUACCCAUAUGGUACCCAGCACGUUCAAGGUACGCUUCACUACUGUCACGAAGAUCGAGCGACAAUUCAGCGUCUUCAUCGGCGGUUCCAUUCUGGCAUCAUUAGGCUCCUUCCAGCAGUUGUGGGUCUCCAAGCGUGAGUAUGAUGAAGUAGGUGCGCAUGCUCUUUGUGCGGACCGCUUCUGCUAGGCUAUCCAGCGCGUUUAUAGUUCGUCGUGCAGGUCAAUUCAGACGGUUUGCUUUUUUAUAUUUGUCUCGAGAGUGCGAGCUAUUCUCGUGCCAUGUUACAAGGAUUCCUCCAGCGG